AUGUGGUGCGCACGUCUGCAGCAGGCCCUCCGGUCCUCCUCUCGCUGCGCCGCCAGCGGACAGGCGGGCCUCCUCUUUGACGUGGACGGCGUUCUGGUCCGUGGAGGUUCUCUGAUCCCCGCGGCUCGACGGGCCUUCAGGAAGCUCCUGGACCAGAACAACAACUUCCUGUUUCCCGUGGUGUUCGUCACCAAUGCAGGAAGCUGUCAGAGACAACAGAAAGCACAUCAGCUGUCUCGCCUACUGGACAUCCAGAUCACCCCAGAGCAAGUAGUCCUGUCCUACAGUCCCUUGCAAAUGUUAAGGAGCUUCCAUGAUAAGUGUGUGCUGGUUUCUGGACAAGGACCUGUCCGAGACAUCGCCAACACUUUGGGUUUUCAGAAGGUGGUCAGCAUGGAGCAGCUCAGAGAACAUCACCCCCUGCUGGACAUGGUGGACCACAACAGGAGACCCAAACCAUCAGCCGCUCCUCUGCAGAAGUUGCCCAGAAUUGAAGCCGUGGUGCUGUUUGGCGAGCCAGUCCGAUGGGAGACCAACCUGCAGCUGCUAGCGGAUGUCCUGCUGACCAAUGGAAGUCCUGGUUCCGCUUACGAGACGCAGCUGUCGGCCCAGCUGCCGGUGCUGGCGUGUAACGUGGACCUGGUGUGGAUGGCUGAAGCGCCGUCUCCGCGGUUCGGUCACGGAAUGUUCAUGCUGUGUCUGGAGUCUGUGUACAAAAAACUGACGGGUCGAGAGCUGCAAUACCAGGCGCUGCUGGGAAAACCUGGUCUGCUAACAUAUCAGUAUGCUGAACACGUACUAAGACUGCAGAACCACAACCACAACCUGACCACCAUCUACGCCAUUGGUGACAACCUCAUGACAGACGUUUACGGAGCCAACCUCUAUCAUCGCUACCUGGCUCAGCAGCACACCGCCAUGACUCCGCCCGCCAGGAUGAUUGCCCAAGGAGCAGGAAGUCAGGUGACGACGGGCGUGAAGGAGGAGCUGGCUUCUGCGGCAGCUCAGUGUCGCUCCAUACUGGUGUGCACAGGUGUCUAUAGCCCCGCCCCUGGCAAGGAGAGCUGCCAUGCCAGCCAGCCUGUCUUCCACGCUCACAGGGACACGGUGGUGGAAGCGGAGAUGGUGGAGCCGAGCUACGUGGUGGAAGACGUGGAAGCUGCCGUCGACCUGGUGCUCCAGCAACAGAGCUCUGCAACCUUUCACCUCUAAUCAUUUUACCUCCUGAUCUCAUAUCCUAUUUUGGACUGACACUGACUUUUUAUACUCAUUUAAUUCCUUUUUACGUGAAUUUCUUAGAAACUAACAGUGUUGCUUAUCUGUCCCUCAAUCUGUUUGGACUAAAUAGUUGUUCUUAUUUAUGUCAGUGAUAAAAACCAAGAAGUUUACAAGCCAGGAUACUUCAUAUUGUGAUUUUUUAAAAAUUAUAUAUCUAUUACUAUACUAUCUUUCUCAACACUGUCAGUAUCAUUGUUUGGAAAUACAAAAAUUUAAACUGAAUAUGGCGAGAACAUAAGAAUAUUUGGUGCAUUUUUGUAUUUCAGUCAUACCUCUGCAUUCAAUAAAGGAUAAGAAAAAUAUUCAUCUGGGACAGUUGGCUGAAAAACUAUGGAAAAGAAACUAUACGACGGAGGGCUGUGGUUCUUUGCGUUUUCAUUGGAUGCUGCU